AUCAGUACACUAAAAGAAAAGGGAGACCAUUAUUCUUGGAAACCUACAACUCACCAUGGACACUGGAUCAAGGGUGUUAAUUAUGGUAGCAACGUAUGGGAUAAAAACUUCUGGAAUAACCCUCAAUACAUUGUUUCAUUGCGGGAGCCAGACAAGGCAGAAUGGGACCCUAAGGGAAAGAAAUAUCAACCCCAGAAGUCUAGCUGCACCCUUAUUGUCUCCUUGAUGCAGAAGAACUGGCGCAAGGGCAAACCAGACGGAAAGGACCUGCUGCAUCUCUACUUGCACAUCUACAAGGUGCCCAAAGAGGUAACCAAAGAGUCUUUACAGCUGAUGACUGCAACCCAAAGAAAAGAACUGCUCUCUAAAUUCAAAUAUGUUAAUGAAACCCUUGAGGGAUCCAGGGACAUCACAGGCAUCUUCCAGCUAGCUCCUGGAAAUUACAUGAUUAUUCCCUUCACCACAUUCUAUCACGAUGGGGCUGAAUUCAUCCUCCGCAUCUUUACUGAGACAAAACAUGAGUGCUUGGAACUUGAUGAUGAAAUCAGUGCGGAGGAGAAGACACUUAAAGUUGAGCCCCCCCAAAAAACUGGAGUAAACCGGACGAUGGACAUAACUUUCCAGCAAUAUGCCAGACAGGAUAAGAAGAUUGGCACUGUGGAAUUUAAGGAGUUUAUGAACCGCACUUACACCAGUGGCCAGGAACUGCAGAAAGAUGCCUUUUCUCUGGAGGACUGCCUGAAAAUAAUUCAGCAUUUUGAUGGUACUAUGGUGAUGCAUGUGGAAAUCCUUUGCAGAAUAGACAGCUCACAAGAGAUGCUGGUGCUGUAUGAGUCUGUUGGUGGUGACCAAGAAGAUAUUGCUGGGCCAUGCGCUGGAGCCUUCCUAACUCUCUGA